UGGAUCGUCUGGCUCGACAGCGGGCAUCGGGUCACCAGGUAUGACAGCGGGCACCGGGUCAUCAGGUACCGGAUCGUCUGGCUUGACAGCGGGCAUUGGGUCACCAGGCAUGACAGCGGGCACUGGGUCAUCAGGCAUUGGAUUGUCUGGCUCGACAGCGGGCAUCGGAUCACCAGGUAUGACAGCGGGCACUGGGUCAUCAGGCGUGAUAGGAUCAUCAGGCUGGAUCAGUUCAUCAGGCUGGGUAGAGACAUCAGGCUGGGUAGAGACAUCAGGCUGCAGUGCGGGUGCCGAGGCACCAGGCUGAACCAUGGAAGGCAGGUUCUCAGACGGCAGGCUCACCGGGCUGGCCAGCGGGUGCUCUCAGCAAUCAGAGACUCA